AUGCGUUCGAUUGUGAUCUUAGCUCUGACAUUCUUAUUAGCAUUUGCCUUCGAUGAAUUUUCUGUUCCGGAAGGUGAAGAUGCGCCUUUGACCGGUCCAAAUGUAGUCGUAGAUCUCAGCAGCAGUAAUUUUACACAAUUUAUUCAACAACAUCCCGUCGUUCUUGCUGAAUUCUAUGCACCAUGGUGUGGGCAUUGUAAACAAUUAGCGCCACAUUAUGAACAAGCUGCACGUUUAAUGAAAGAUGCUGCAAAUCCAGUUGCUUUUGCCAAAAUUGACGCAACGAUAGAAGAAUCAUUAGCUCGCGAGUAUUCAAUUGAAGGAUAUCCUACCAUAAAAAUCUUUCAUAAGAAUAGCGAAAAGCCAGUAGAAUAUGAAGGUCCUCGUCAACCUGCAUCAGCCAUCGCUGAUUUUGUCAAAAAGUAUGCUGAUCCAACUUGGACACCGCCACCUUCGGAUGUUGUUGUUCUUACGGUUGAUAAUUUCGAGACAUUCACUACAGAAGAAGAGUUAACUCUAGUCGAAUUUUAUGCUCCAUGGUGUGGUCAUUGUAAACGAUUGGAACCAAACUUCGAAAAAGCAGCAACAUCACUGAAAAAGGAUACAAAAAUUCGUUUAGCCAAAGUUGAUAGCACUGUGGAAACAGCAUUAGCAGCUGCACAUAAUAUCACUGGAUAUCCGACAUUAAUUGUGUAUCGCAAAGGUGGAAAAUAUGCACCUUAUGAUGGUGAGCAAAGUGAGCAAGGAAUUGUUUCGACAAUGAAAGAACUUUUGUCAUUACCAAGUCGUGAACUACGUAAUAUGAAUGAUUACAAAAAUCUAUUCCGAAAAAACGAUCAACCUGCUCUGAUUGGUGUUUUUCAAUCGGAUGAAGAUGAAUUAUAUAAAUUGUUUAUUGAUUACGCAUAUCACCAUCGAAAAGCAUUUCAAUUUGGUCAUACAUUUGAGAAGAUCUCCGCUUUAGAUGGUGUCCAAGCACCUGCAAUUGUUCUUCAACAGCAUUCUGAUGUUCGAUCGAAAUACGAAAAAGACAAAAUAGUUUUCACCAAAGCUAAUGCACUCGAAAGUGAAUUCGAAGAAUUUGUCACGAAGCACCAAGUGCCAUUAGUUGGUGUGCUCACACAAGAAAAUCAACGAACCACUUAUUUAUCUCGCCGACCAAUUUGUGUCGUUAUCUAUGACGUGGAUUUUUCGUUCGAUCAUCGUGAACGAACACAAUAUUGGAGAAACAAAAUUCUCAAAGUUGCAAAUGAUUACAAGGACAAAUACACUUUUGCUAUUGCUGAUGAAGAAAAAAUGUCGUCAUUAUUGAAAGAAUUCGGCUUAGAAGAAUCUGGUGAAGAUAUCAAUGUUGGCUGUUUCGAUAAAGAUGGUUUGAAAUAUCGUAUGGAAGAUGAUGAUGAAUUUACUUCGGAAUCAUUCGAAGAAUUUAUCAAUAAACUAAUCAAAGGAAAAGUCAAACCCUAUAUCAAAUCUCAAACAUUACCCAAACAACCCAUUGUCAAUGGAAUCCAAACUUUAGUUGGCAAGAACUUUGAAAAAGUUGUUCAAGAUCAAACGAAAAAUGUCCUCGUCUUUUUCUAUGCACCAUGGUGUGGUCAUUGCACAAAAUUUAAACCCACGUAUGCAGCGCUUGCUCAACGUUAUGCUAGUCGAUCAAAUCUCAUUGUUGCUCAAAUUGACGCAACGGCUAAUGAUAUUCCUAAAGGUUUUGAAGUAGCUGGUUUUCCCACGAUUUAUCUCGUUCCAAUGAAUAACCAACCCGUGAAAUACGAAGGAAAUCGUGAUCUAGAUGAUUUAGUGAAAUUCAUUGAGAGUCAUUCACAAUUCAAAAGUGAACUUUAA